CUUCCUGUCUACUCUACCCUCUACUCGUCCCAACACGACACAGCGCCAAUUCGGUAACUGACGCCCACAACAAAAGCGAAGUACCCCCCACCCCCGACAUAAUCACACGACUUACCUGCACGAUUCUCGUGUCCUGAUAUUCUUCCGUUUUAUUUACUGCGUGCUUUUGGAUCUUUGGACCAAAACGGUUUCAUUUUUGGUUGGGGGAUCAUUCCCUUCCCUCUUAGAUCUAGCUGAUAAUACCUGUCUCUCUCCGGUCGUUCAUUUCUAUUCCGUUCGGGUAUACUACAGGAUGCUCUUAAUAGCUGUUUAGAGUUGUGUAUGCAAGUGUUGAUUUCUUAAGGGACGCUACUAUCUGUCUGUGUUGCAGAAGUUAGAGCAUCAGAGUUUAUUUACCUGAAUACCGUUAUAUUAAGUCUUAUUGGAAGCACAUUCGCAUAACCAAAUUAAUGUUAGUCGGGUACUUGUUGGAGUUAUAAAUGCGUCUGAGAAUGGUAUUAUGAUGGCAGCAGCUGAAGCAAGAGCCUUGUGGCAGAGGACAGCUAAUCGUUGCUUUGUUCAAGAAGAUGCCAAAAGAGCUCCUAAAUUAGCUUGCUGUCAGUCCUCAGCUGCAUCAGCUAAACAGGUCGAAUCAGGACCUUCUGGAGCAGCGGAUUUGCCUGAUCAGUCUGUUGCAGGUUUCAUGCCUCUUAAUCGAAAUCCUUCAUAUGCCAAUCUACCUUCUGAUGCAAGGUGGUGGCUUCAGCUGCAACCUGACUAUGGAUUUCAAAAGGGUUUGACCUCUGAACAGUUAAAUACCUUGGAAGCAAAGAUGGAUACUUUAAGAACUGACUUUGAAAACUCUUCCUCUAAAGACAAGAGUGGUUUGCACCCUGAGGCCGAAGGAGAGGGUUCUCAUCUUGAUAAUAAGAAUAAUGGUGAGUGUACCCCCAAUGUGCAUUCCAGGAACUCUGCUGUUUGUGCAAAGCACAUUCCUAAAAUUGGAGAGAAUGUAAAAGCCCUACAAUGCGAAAACAUGCAAGAAUUACUUGAAGUUAUGGAUACAAAGGAGAACUAUGAGCUCAUGGGGGUUGAUUCUAUUGGAUGUUCAGUUUCCAAAAAGGCCAAUGAUUCCUCUUUUGAUCCAGAGGCUCCUUGGGUUUGUAGUGAGAAGACUGAACCAUGGUGGCGAACCACAGAUAAGGAUGAACUAGCCUCCUUGGUUGCGCAAAAGUCUCAUGAUUAUAUUGCAAACUGUGAUCUUCCUCCACCACAGAAGAUGCACACUCGAAAAUACCCAUAUGGAAAUUCUCUGGGUUUUGAUCGUAAUGAAUUGUCACCUUUUAAUCAGAAGUCCAAAGCGCAUUGUAUGUCUACUCCGAUCAUUCAGUCACAGGGCUCUUCUGACCUUGUGAGAACAUUAGGGAGACAAAGAGUUGCACUUGAAGAUGGGCACACAGUUCAUGGUUCUGAGCAAUCAUUCAGCACAAGCCAAAAGGAUUCUACAGAAACACAAGUUUCUGAGAAUGAUGUCAGCAAGGCUCAGCUUUUAGAAGCACUACGCCAUUCUCAAACAAGGGCUAGGGAAGCUGAGAAAGCAGCAAAACAAGCCUAUGCUGAGAAGGAGCACAUUAUAAAACUCUUCUUCAAACAAGCCUCACAACUUUUUGCCUAUAAGCAGUGGUUCCAACUAUUGCAACUAGAAGCACUUUAUCACCAGAUCAAAAAUAAUGACCAGCCAAUCCCCAGUCUGUUUCCAACGGCUUUUCCAUGGAUGCCUUGCAAAGUUAGGAAACUGCAAAAAGGCUGGCAAAAGUCUAAGAAGGCUAAGCGAGCAAAGCGAAGCCGGCCAAGUCCUGAUGUUACAAAGUAUGCUGUGGCAUUUGCAUUGGGAUUGAGUCUUGUUGGUGCUGGAUUGCUUUUGGGAUGGACUGUGGGAUGGAUGUUGCCUUUGUAGUCUGUAAGAAUUUGAAGCAAAUCCCCUGCUUACUGUGCAGAUUGAUUUAGAAAUGAGUAAGAUUUAAUUCCCAUGUGUAUGUAUUUUGCUAGAUCUCAUAUUAUGUUUUCAGAAGUUUGUGGAUAAAAGAUGUUAUGAGCUGUUGAUUUUGUAUA